AUGCCCACCAACCAUGAUGACAUCGCCAUCAUUGGCGGCGGAAUCGCAGGCAUGGCCCUCGCCAUAUCGCUCGCGACUCACGGCAUCCGGGCCGCAAUCUACGAGUCGCGCGACGAGACGCCUCUCCCCCACCACGCCGGCGGCGGCAUGAUGCUCUGCCCCAACGCCCUGCGCAUCCUCGACUCCUGGGGCCUUUACCGACCGCUCCUCGACAAGGCCUACAGCUUCGACUACGUCUAUUACAAGAACCGCGAAGAAGUCACCGUCGACCGCUACCCCCUCGGCGGCGCCGCGGCCUUCGGCUACGACGCCGUGCGCAUCUUCCGCCAGGAGCUGGUCGAGAUGCUCGCCACCGCGUGUCGCGAGCGUGGGGUCGUGAUCGAGUACGGCAAGCGGUUCGUGCGCGUCGUCGAAGAGAACGGGGAGAUUAACGACAAUAAGAAUGACAACGACGACAAUGACAGGGACGGACCUGGCGGGGUAGAGUUUGAGUUCCGGGACGGGAGCAGGCGGAGGGCGGGGCUGCUCGUCGGCGCCGAUGGGAUCCACUCCCACGUGCGGAGCAGCUACGUCGCGCCGGACGCGGCGCCCAAAUUCGUCGGGCUCGCGGCGCUGACGUAUGCGGUGCCGACGGCGCAGCUCCGCAUACCGGCGGACAAGGACUACCGCUUCCCCGUCAGCGUAGCGAGCGGCAACGGCGUCUUCGUGCUUGCCCCUCAGGGGGCCGAUGGCGGGGAGAUGCUGGCGGGCACGCAGGUGCCGUUCGACGCGGGGCAGGCGGCGCUGGGACGCGAGGCGCUGCUGGCGGACACGGAGGCGCUGAAGGCGCGGCUGAGGCGGGACGAAGGGGAGUGGCCCGACGUGGUGCGGUCCGCGCUCGAAGCGAUCCGGGACGAGACGAUGAACGUCUGGCCGUUCUUCAUGCUGCCGGCGCUCGGGCGGUGGGCGUCGGAGAAGGGGCGGGUGCUGGUGCUGGGGGAUGCGGCGCACGCGAUCCCGCCGACGACGGGGCAGGGGGCGUCGAUGGCGCUCGAGGACGCGGCGACGCUGGCGCUCGUCGUCAAGAGGACGAGGGAGAGCCGGGGCCGGAUCGGGUGGCGGGAGGCGGUCGGGUUCUGGCAGGGCAUCCGGCGGGAGAGGCUGGCGGAGCUAGUGGUGCUGACCCAGAUGUUGAACAAUAAGCGGCUGCCGAGCGACAAGAUGGCAGCGCUGCCGAGGGAGGAGGUCUGGUUCGAGGAGAGCGAAGACCAGAUGAAGUGGCUGUACGUAUCCGAGAUCGAGGACCGGAUCGAGGCGUGGGUGAAAGAAAAGACGCAGUAA